GAGUGAAGCGGCAUUAUGUCUGGCAGAGGGAAAGGAGGCAAAGGACUGGGCAAAGGCGGAGCCAAGCGGCACCGUAAAGUGCUCCGUGAUAACAUCCAGGGCAUCACCAAACCGGCCAUCCGCCGUCUGGCUCGGCGUGGCGGCGUCAAGCGGAUCUCGGGUCUGAUCUACGAGGAGACCCGCGGGGUGCUGAAGGUUUUCCUGGAGAAUGUGAUCCGGGAUGCGGUCACCUACACCGAGCACGCCAAGCGCAAGACGGUCACUGCCAUGGAUGUGGUGUACGCUCUGAAACGCCAGGGCCGCACUCUCUAUGGCUUCGGCGGUUGAACAAACCUUCGUUCUUCCAAACCCAAAACAAAGGCUCUUUUAAGAGCCGCCCACCAACUCACGGAGAGAGCAGGCCGCAGGCCAUUGACCUGAAAUGUUAACUCUUCAAUUUGCGAUUACGUUUAAAACAAAAGUGUGGUCGAGUUGUCAUGAAAUUAUUGACAAUUGCCCCAUGGAUUUGAAAUCGCUGUGAACAGAGUGCGGGCUCUAUCGGGUCACUAAGAGCACCGUCGUUACGCUAAGCAGAUUAAAUUCCUAUUCUCUUAGAACAGGAACCCGAUCAGAGCGUUAAAAGAACCCCGGAUGGCCUGGAAGUUGAAAAGCCCGCCCGACAGUUUGAACCGUAGUUUGCAGAA